UCCGAUAAAGUUGUUGAUAUUCUGCAUCUUCCAGAAAAACUGCAUUUUCAGGCAGUUAAGGAGUAUAAGUCUAACCUGAUUGAUGGGCCGGAACCAAUAUUUACGAUCCCAAAAUCGGAAAGGCUCAGAUUGUCGCAUAAGGUUCCGGCCUCCCGUGUUACCAAAGAGAUAUACGGAGAGUUAAAAGACCUUAUAAAAGUUGUUUCAGCAGCACUACCUGUUAACCUGCAGAACACUUGAGACUUUGAUUUUGAUUGAACAAAGAAAGUGAGGGAAGCCAAGGAUUCCUUUUUGUUAGCUUUUGGUGCAUUUUGAUGCAAGUGUGUUUUUAUUUAUCUAUGAUGUGAAAUAAUAGCAAUUAGCAAGUAUUUGCAGCUUGGUCUGAAUUUCUCUCUUUCUAAAUGUGUUUUCUAAUUUGUAAGUUAACUAUGUCGUAGAUUUGUUGUAAUGUGAUGUUGUUGUUCUAUCACAUAUCUGCCUUUUUGUUUAGUUUAUAAUUUUACAUUUAAUUCCCGCCGAAUAUAUUGUUAAUGAAGUUUUUUACCGCCAAAAGAAUUAUAUAGUUUUUCUUAAAUCGAGAGAAAUAACACUGAAUAUAUUUUACUCUAUACGCUCACUGUCACUACCCCCGCAAAAGUCUCCGCCGCCGACGACGAUUUGCUUCUGUCGCUAUUGUUGGAACCCAUAGAGGUGGAAUUUGUCUUCUCGACUGUUUACUUGUUUGAUGAUGGAAAAUGCUGUCCAGAUCCAUUCGAUUAGGAGUGAUUUGGUUGCAUCCACACCUGGGAAUCAGCAAGAAAAGGCUCAAGCUUUCUCCUUGCAACAACAGAUAACAGUCCCAAGUAAGAAUCAAGGCAUACACUUCUCUGGAAACGAAUGCUCCCCUGGUUUGAGCCCUGCUGGUAAGGUUGGUGAUAAGAGAAAGAGGAAUGAGUACGAUGAAAUUGUUUACACUGAACAUCGCAGUAAUUCUGAAGAUGUUAUUGUAAAUCUAGGCAAUAAAAGAGUGUCAGGUGAUAUUGGAGAUGCAGUACAAGACUCUGGAAGUGGAAAGCAACUCCAUGAGGUUCGUCUUUGCAAAGAAACAUUGCAAGAUGCCAUUAACAGAAAUGCUCAAGUGGGAGCUGCAAUGGGGAUCUCUCAUAAUCUUGAGGCAGAUGAUUACUCUGGUUUUGCUGAUAUAAGUUCUCAAGUUGCAGUACAACCAAAGACUUCUGUAUGUGCUGGUCCAAAGUUUAACGACUUUGAAAAGCUGAGGGAAGAAGUAAACUUUGCAGUUGGUCAGACCUGGGCUCUUUAUGAUACAGCAGAUGGGUUGCCUAGAUUGUAUGCUCAUAUCAGGAAAGUUUCAGCUCCUUCCUUUGGGCUUAGGAUCACAUAUAUAGAGCCAGAUCCAGAUGAUGAGAAAGAGCUCCAAUGGUUUGAAGAAGACUUGCCUGUUUCUGUUGGUAAGUUCAGGCUUGGGGAAAAUAAGAGCACAAAAGAUCGUUCCAUGUUUUCACAUGUUAUUCAUUGCAAUGAACGAAACAACGAGUUGAAUGAACGAAGCAACACUCGUUGUUUCAGAUUCACUUGUCGUUUCAUCAACACUUGUCAUUUUAGUGUAUCCCCUAGAAAAGGCGAGACAUGGGCGCUUUUCAAGAACUGGGAUAUUAAUUGGUCUUCAGAGCCAGAUUCUCACCGCAAAUAUGAGUAUGAUAUUGUCGAGGUUCUGUCAGAUUACGCUGAUGAAGCUGGUGUAUAUGUUGCAUACUUGCAUAAAGCAAAAGGGUUUGCUAGUGUGUUCUUUCGAAUGGGAACUGGUUAUGAAGGCAUAUUUCGUAUUUUACCUCAGAGUUUGUAUCGGUUCUCCCAUAGGGUUCCUUCCUUCAAAUUGACUGGAAUUGAAGGAAAAGGUGUGCCAAAAGAUGCUUACGAGCUGGACCAAGCUGCGUUACCAGAAACAAUAGAAGAGAUCAUCGUGCCUUCAAACGCUGAGAGUGAUUUAACGCCUAAACGCCAAGCCAUCUACUUUGCUAGCAAGGGGAAGGUUUUUCAGACUGGCCAGAUUUGGUCAUAUUACAGUGGUAAUGAUGACUUGCCUCUGUACUACUGUAGGAUUCAGAAGAUCACUUUUACUCAGGCAUUUAUGCAGGAUCCUGUAUGUAAACUACACAUACGUCGGCUAAAGGCUACUCGUUUCCCUGAGUAUGUUAUCCAGUAUGAAGACAGGAGAAUGCCUCUUAUCCGGUAUGAAGACAGGAGAAUGCCUAUUGGUUGUGGAACAUUCUACGCAAGGAAACUUCUAGAAAUAAUCACUCCAGAUGAGGUUUCACAUCAGAUAAUUCCUCAAACCUCCUUGGAUGGCAUUGAAUAUACCAUCCUCCCCAAGAUUGGUGAAGUUUGGGUGAUAUAUAGAUACUGGAGUAGUCACACUGAUAUUGAGGACUUGGAAAAUGAAGUUUAUGACAUUGUCGAAAUUCUUGAUGACACUUCUGACUAUAAGGUUCAACUGCUGAAGCAACAAGCCGUUGAUGGUGAUCGUGAUAACUUUGAAUAUAUGUUAUUUAGGGCAGGUAAGGAGUAUACUUAUAACGAGGAUGACAAGUCAGAAACAAUAUUAACGAUCCCAAAGUCGGAAAGGAUCAUCAGUUUCUCGCAUAAGGUAUCUGCUUCUCGUGUAACCAAAGAGAUGGACGGAGAGUUAAAAGAGUUUUUAAGUGUUGAUUAUAGGGCAACACCUUUUAACGUUAAACACAGGUGAAACAGAGGAGCCGAGAGAAGAAAAGAGGCAAGAAGCCAAGGUUUCCUUUUUGUUAGCUUCUGGUGUAUUUUCUGAAAAGGGUUUGUCUUUUUGGCUAAGAAUCGUUAAGACGUUCUCUAUGAUGUUAGAAUGUUCUUCUUAUUCUAUGGAUAUGAACAAGCAGGUUGGUCUGAAAAUUUCUUUUCACUAAAUGUGUAUUUUGUGUUAAAAGAAGUUGAACUAUUUGUUGCUGUAAUAUGAUGUGGUUUCCAUA